AUGGGUCAUCAAUUAUCUGAAGGCUCUUUGGAGGUGAUAAUGAACGGAGGAGUGUAUGAUAAACCAAUAAUGCAAGUACUAGGGAGUAAGAAGAUACAAGGCAGUGGCGCUAAUGAAAGGUUCCGUCUACUUGUGUCUGAUGGGAAACACUCGCACAGCUUUGCUAUGUUGGCUACACAACUAAAUGAUAAACUGAUAUCUGGAGAACUGUCUGACUACUCUGUGGUUCAGAUUGAUCGUUUUGUCACUUCAUUACUGAAAAAUACUGGCAAAGGAGAGAAACGAGUGAUGAUCAUCCUAGACAUUACAAUAGUAACUCCUGGCAAUGAAGUUGGAAAAAAGAUUGGGAACCCUCAGACGUGGAGCGAGGAGACGGCGGCAGCGGCGCCCGCGCAGGCCGCACCGGCGCCCGCGCCACGCCCCGCUCCAUCUCCCGCAGCCAAAUCAAUGAUCACUCCAACACCAAACCUUGACUCCAGUCUGCUGUCUACACAGAUGACACACCCCAUUGCUAGUCUUAGCCCCUACCAAAACAAAUGGGUAAUAAAAGCCCGUGUAAUGUCCAAGUCUGAUAUCCGCACUUGGAACAAUGCUCGAGGAGAAGGCAAGCUCUUCAGUAUGGACUUGUGUGAUGAUAGCGGUGAAAUACGGGCUACAGCCUUCAAAAAUGAAUGUGACAAGUUCUAUGAUAUGAUACAGGUGGAUAAAGUAUACUACAUAAGUCGGUGUCAGCUGAAAACUGCUAACAAGCAGUUUACGAGUAUGAAGAACGAUUAUGAGAUGACGUUCACAGCUAACACAGUUGUUGCUGAAUGUAUGGAAGACUCGUCAUCUGUGCCCAGUAUCAAGUACGACUUCGUGCCCAUUAAUGAUAUUGCUGCGAAAAAUGUCGAUACAUUGCUAGAUGUGAUUGGUGUAUGUAAAUCGGCAGCAGAUCUUCAAGAGCUGACUGCUAGAAGUACGGGCAAGUUAUUGAAGAAGAGAGAACUGAUCCUAGUUGAUAACUCUGGUGGUGCAGUUGUCUUGACACUAUGGGGAAAGGAAGCUGAAAACUUUGACAACAACACAAACCCAGUUAUAGCAGUAAAAGGCGCACGUCUUUCUGAGUUUAACGGUAGCAAGUCACUAUCCUGUCUAGCGAGCUCCAUGAUCAGACAGAACCCUGAUCUCCCGGAGGCACACAAGUUACGAGGCUGGUACGACAAUGGUGGCGCCGACAUGGAGAUUAAUAAUAUUUCUGCUAGAGUUGGAGGCUAUACAGGCGGCAGUAACGAAUGGAUCACCUUCUCUGACGCUGAGGCUCGUCAACUCGGGUCUGGUGACAAAGGCGAUUAUUUCAGUCUCCUCGGGGUACUUACAUUCACGUUCGCUGACAACGCAGUGUACAAGGCGUGUCCCCAAGAACAAUGCAACAAGAAACUCGUCGACCAAGAAAAUGGAUUGUACAGAUGUGAAAAAUGCAACAGAGAGUACCCUAACUUUAAAUACAGGCUUUUAUUGGCGGCUAACGUAUCAGAUGCAACUGGCGAUCAGCGUAUAACCGCCUUUAACGAGGCUGCGGAGGCGAUGCUCGGUAAAAACGUCGCGGAAAUCGGUCGCUUGUUCGAAUACGACAAGACUGGCUACACUCAAAUGUUUGAAGAAGUCAAAUUUAAGACCUUCGUGUUCAAGUUCCGCACCAAAAUGGAAACAUACAACGAUGAAGCCCGUCUCAAAACAACAGUAAUAAACGUACAACCAGUAGAUUACAAAGACGCCAACAAAAAAUUAAUCGCAAGCAUAAAGACACUCUCUGGAGUCGAAGUUUAG